UCUUGUAGCUGUCCCAGCAGCCCACGGAGGCAGUUGGACAGUUGGAACUGAACUUGGAGCAUGAGGAAGGCUGGGCUCUGGGGGCUGCUGUGGACAUUCCUUGUCUCAGAGGCUCGAGCUGCCACUGACCCCACCGAAGAAAGGUAUAACCGAGUCGAGGGACAGACCUUGGCUGUGAGUUGUCCUUUCAACAUCAGGAAGUAUGCCAGCAGCCGGAAGGCUUGGCAGAGGCUGCCAGACGGAAAGGAGCCCUUGACGUUGGUGGUCACAGAGAGGCCAUCUGCAAAUCCCAGUGAGGUCCAUGUGGGGAAGUACACACUGAAAGAUGACCCUGGGGAGGCCAUGUUGCAUGUCCAAAUGACUGAUCUUCGAGUGGCAGACUCUGGAUUGUACCGCUGCGUGAUUUACCACCCUCCUAAUGACCCUGUUCUGCUCUUCCAUCCUGUCCGCCUGGUGGUGAGCAAGGAUUCUUCAGAUCCAUCCACUUCUGGCAUCAUAACUACUAUAAGCCCAACUACAUUUCCCAUCCCGAUUACCACAAAAUACCCGCGCAGAGACUGGACUAUGACCCAAUCCACAGCUGUUGUCUCUUCUCCUGACCCUGGAGUCACCUACCCAAACAUGACAAAUGUUCCCAGGGUCUCCAUAUCCAGCAUCGUUGUUCCUGUGGUCUGUGGACUCUUUAGUAAGACCCUUAUCUUCACUGUCUUGUUUGCUGUCACACAGAGGUCAUUUGAAUGACAGACCAUGAAGCCACACAACAGUGACUUAUGACUUUCAGUCACGUCUAUCUCACAAGAAGUGCUCGGGGUGGGGUGGGGCUGAGGAGAGACUGUGAAAUGAUUGAACCUGUAACCAUGGGUGACAUCUAAGGUCCAGGAUGUCCCCUACUGGCCCUGCUCACUCUUCUCAGUUCAUUCAUCAUCUUGGGUAUAUGCUCUGCACCCUCAGAAGAAGGGAAACCCAACACCCCCUGACCAUUCUGCCUGAAUAGAUGUUGGUUUGAAAUAAAGAUAGCCCUGUGCU